AUGGCGCGUCGGCGCUCAGCCGGAGCGUCCGCGCGCCCUGUUCGCCAGUCCCGUAACCGGGUCACAUCUUACAAUGAGGAUUCCUCAUCCGACCUACAAAUCUCUGACGAGGAGUCGACUUCUGUCACUCUGCGUCCGCGCAUCAGAAGGAAUAAUCAAUACCGGGAACAGUCUACAGAUGCUGAGCUUGAAAGCGAUGAACCUUUUGAGCCUGGGACUCGACUUGAUGAACCAGGUCCUACCAAUCCAAUUCGGGCGCCAGCUAAUAAAUCGCGUCGCGUAACUCGUUCUUCGACAAGCACCACCCCGAAAAAGCGAGGCUGGACUGGCCCCCCUUCAAGGGCACCGCUGCCGAAGAAACAAUACACAGUGCCGACAGUCAGUUCUGAAGUCAUACCUCCGUGGCAAAGUUUGCCAUAUCACAUCCUGCUUGAUAUCUUCUUCCACAUAUCCUACCCACUUGGAAAUGACCCAAAGUUAGCCAGUACCUUAGUGGGUAUAGCGCGACUAUGCCGCGCCUUCUUUGAACCAGCAAUGGCUGCUUUGUACUACUCGCCGCCUAUUACCACUCCAUAUCAGGCGCAUAGAUUGUUGAUUCUCCUCACGACACCGCUCGAAUUACUUCUCAUGAACUAUGCCCAAAAGAUCAAAGAGCUUCAUAUAGACGCCGAGACAAUCCUGACCUACAAGAGUGGUCGGCUUUUGGGUUAUUUCCGACUCGAAGACUUGCUCGCGAGAUGUCCUGCACUCCACACAUUGCGAAUCUACCAUCCCGAUGACAAAAUCAUAGGGAUCCCUCCCUGGGCAUUGAAGUCCGCGAAGUGGAGCUACUCGAACAGUCUCUUUGCUGCUAUUGAAAGCUGUGGCGUUCGACUCCGGCGCUGGGAAUGGAAUGGUCAAUCCUGCCAUGAUGCUCUGUCAUUCAAUGGCAUGAAGGACCUUCGGAUGAUUCGUCUCCAAGGCUCGGGCGACUUCGAUCAUGAAAUACCGGUGAAUCCCACGACCGAGCUAAGCCUUAUUCGUGCGCUAGAGGGUCUUCCGCAGCUUGAACGUUUGGAAUUUGUCGAAUGCACUCUGUUGACCAAUACGAUCCUGACGCAAUUGCCCUUAGGGGUGCGGUUUCUCACAAUAUGUAAUUGCGAUCGUCUAACGGCGCUUAGUAUCCAAGACCUUUUAGAAGCCCGCGGCGACCAGCUUCGGGAACUGAAUCUGGACCACAACAGAUAUAUGAGUAUGUCCUUCGUGUCGAGUCUGGGCCAAUUAUGUCCUCACCUUGUGAAAUUCCGGGUGGACAUAUCUGCGCGUGAUACAUCUGUCUACCACGAUGUCGUGCCCGUCUUCUCUUCUCUGAUCGAGCCCGGCCAAGUGCCCACCUGGCCCGAAACUUUACAGGACCUCCAACUGGCUAACCUGCGCCAUUUGGAUGCUGCAAGUGCGGAGGGUUUCUUCAACUCACUAGUCGAUGCAGCUCCUCAACUGAAAGAUCUCCGACGAUUGGAAAUUAGUGCGAUGCCGGAGAUCGCCUGGCGUGACCGUGCUCGUUUUCGGUCGCGUUGGAUCGAGCGUUUUGAGCAAGUGUUCCUGCGCCACAGCCCGCCCCCCAACCCCUAUCGACGGUCCCUACGGAAGAGCCACCGGUCUGGAAUUGCUAGUAGCUCCACCGCAGACAACCUUGAACAAGCCGAUACCAAUGAGGGUGGCAGCCAUCUACCUCCUACCCGUCAUAGUCAGCGGCUCGUUGAACUCACCACUGUUGGCGAGACUGCGAAUGAAUCUCAGGUCGCGGGUCACAGGCAGGGCAUGUGCGACCAAGUCAUCAUUCGCAUUGAUAACCGGCGCCCCACUGAUACCCAGUUGACCGAGAAUGAUUUCCUGGAUGCCGAACCCAGUGGUGAUGAGUCUUGGAAUGGUGAUGAUUAUGAACCAGCAGAUGAGCCUGCCUGGACCUGA